AUGGAUGGGAAACGCAUCAAUAUUAAGGUUAUUCAAGCUUAUGAUUCCACAGCUAGCGGUGAACAGUUUGACUUUAAGAAACCGCCCCACUCUGGGAGUAAUUACUGGAAUUACCAAAAUUAUUACUCAAUCAUUCUUCUGGCUAUCUGCGACAUCGAUUACCCUGUUAUGGCCUUUGAUGUAGGAGCACCAGGCCGAGCUGGAAAUGUUGCAGUUUACCGCUCUUCAACUAUAAAGGUAUAA